GUGCCCUUUGUUAUUUUCUGCGUAAUAGACGUGUUUCGAGGUCCGUUUACACACGUUCCGUGAAGAUUUAUUUGGAAAUAAGCAAUUAAAUUAUUUCACGCGUAUCAGUUAUGAACUAAGUGACGGAAUUAAAUUAAAUAGACUUCCUUUAGAUCCUGGUUUGUUUUGGACUUUGUUGGAGACUGCAAUUGCGAGUUAUUCCGCAAUAAUAACAAGCUGAGUAAUCUAAUAUAGGUAGUUGCUAUCGACUAACGCGGAACAGACGAAUGAAGAACUUAGUAUAAAAAAAUGGACGAAACGUGACACAAAUCAAAAGCUAGCUAAACAAAAACACUGUGAUCUCAAUCUCAUAACAAAUCAAAAUGCCGGCGAUACUGACCAAGAUACGGGAGCAAGCGUCGAGGGUUCAGCCGUCGAUCGCUGUCGGCGUCGGUGUUGGCGUGGCCUUAGCUGCGUGUGCGCUGUACGGCACGAGGGAGAGGAAGCAAGCUCCUUGUAACAACAACAAUAAUAAUUAUAAGAUUGCAAAAAAUGGCGAAUUACAUUCAGUGCAGAACGGGUCCAACGGACAAACGUGCGGCGGGCGCUGCGGCGCCGAGCAGUGCGCCCUCUGUCGGGGGGACGUCGAUACCGACAACAAACAGAAUAUCGAAGACGCCGAAGAACCCGCCCCAGAAGAGAAGCAUGUCCCCGGUCUAAACCUAGAGUUCCUCCGGCAAAUGGUCUCACUGGCUAAAAUCAUGGUGCCAGGGUUCCGUAGCCACGAAGUAGCUUUGCUGACUGGACACACGCUGUGCUUGUUCACGAGGACGCUCCUCUCCAUCUACGUGGCAGCUUUAGAGGGGUCUAUAAUGAAACACAUAGUCCAAAAGGACCUCAAAAAAUUCGCAGCCCUCCUCCUCCAGUGGUUCGGUAUCGCCAUCCCAGCUACCUUCAUCAACUCCAUGAUCAGAUACCUGGAGAGCAGACUAGCCCUGGCCUUCAGGACGAGACUGGUGAACCACGCCUAUGACCUGUACUUCAAGAACCAGACGUACUAUAGGGUGGCUAAUUUGGAUGCUAGGAUUGAGAACGCUGAUCAUAGAUUAACAGAAGACGUGUCAGUAUUCACGCAGUCUGUGGCGCACUUGUAUGGGUCGCUGACGAAGCCCUGCUUUGACCUGCUCCUCAUAGUGUUGACCUUGGCCAGCUAUUCUAGCAAGAUGAAGGGCAACAUAUUCAUUGGACCCGGCUUCGCCACGGUGGUCAUCUGCAUGACUGGCCAAGUGCUACGGAUGCUGUCGCCUCGCUUCGGGGCCUUGGCUGGAGAGGAAGCAAGGAUGAAGGCCAAUCUCCGACAUGUACAUGCGUCUAUCAUCGCUCAUGCUGAGGAGGUCGCGUUCUACGGUGGACAUAAGGUCGAACUAGGCCAACUCCAAUCCGCCUACAAACAGCUCGUCGCCCAGAUGACGGGCGUCUUCAACAAGAAGCUGUGGUACGUUAUGCUGGAGCAGUUCUGCAUGAAGUACGUGUGGAGCGGCACCGGCAUGGUCAUGCUGGCGCUGCCCAUCCUCACCGGAACUAAUGGAGAUGGGUCAACGAGCGAAGGUAUCAGCGCACGAACAGAAUACAUGACUACUUCUAGACAUCUGCUGAAUUCUGCGGCGGACGCUAUUGAAAGACUUAUGUCCAGUUACAAGGAAGUAGUAACGCUGGCCGGCUACGCCGAACGCGUCUCAGACAUGUUGGAUGUGUUCGGCGAGGUGGCGCGCGGGGAAUGCGUCCGAAACGUCCACGUGUCCGCCUCCAAGGACAACCCUAACGCGUUCCAGGUCACCUUCAGGGACAAGCGGCCUGUACCGCAAGGAAAAAUCUCUUACACGAACGACCUGUCAAUUCGACUCCGAAACGUGCCUAUAGUCACGCCAGCGUGCGACGUCGUCGCUAGUGGCGUGUCAUUAGAUAUCGCGCCCGGUACUCAUCUGCUUAUAGUUGGGCCGAACGGCUGUGGCAAGUCCAGCUUGUUCCGCAUUAUCUCCGGGCUGUGGCCCGUGCACGGCGGCUCGCUCGCCGUGCCGCGGCCCUGCGCCUGCCCGCACUGCUCAGACGAUGCCCCUCCGACCGGCCACUGCACGUCUAGACCUAUCAUGUUCUACAUCCCGCAGCGACCUUACAUGUCAAUGGGCUCCCUAAUGGACCAAGUGACGUAUCCGACGCGCGUGUCGCCCGACGACCAGGAAGCGUUUGACCGCGCGACGCACAUCCUCAAGGUCGUGCGGCUGGACGCAUGCGCGGCGCGGCAUGGCGGCCUCAAGGCCGUCCGUGAUUGGCGAGCCACGCUCAGUGGGGGGGAGAAGCAGAGGAUGGCUAUGGCUAGAAUGUUCUAUCACAGGCCUGUAUACGCGUUGCUGGAUGAAUGCACGAGCGCCGUUUCCAUGGAAACCGAGGUCGUCAUGUAUGAAGAGGCGGUGAAGGAGGGCAUUACACUCCUCUCUAUCACACACAGGCCUAGCGUAUGGAAAUACCACACGCACGUGCUAGAGUUCGACGGAGCUGGCAGCUGGUCUUUCCGGCCUCUAGAGAAAGACGCGCCGGCCAUCACCCCCUCCCUCCCCCCUCCCACCACGGCACAGAGCGACAGUGAUUAGACAAAUAGAGGACAGAAGUUGUAACAUUAU